AUGAGUUCACAUGGAUGGGUAUGUUCGCUCUCGAUCCCGCUGCGAGCGUCGAGCGUACUGGUGUUGUCAAAUUUUCACUUCGCAACAGGUGCCGUAUCAGAUUUGUGGCCAAACCCGCUGUAUGGCUUCACGAACAACAACAGGCUGGGCAGCACUCCAAAACGGGAUGCCGUCGACAGCGACUUUAGGCAUUACUACCAAUUGGCGGCAUUGGAAUUGCUGCUAGUUCAUCAUGGAUUCAGGCCAUGUGAAACUACUUUAUCGUCGCAGCAAGACAUGCGUCAGCUGGAGAAGACAAUCUCGGCGGUUGAAGCGUUUCAAAGCAACCGCAGCUUGCCGUCGAACCCUCUCGGCCUGAAUGGCCCCUUCUGGGAAGAGCUGGUGGUCCCAGUGAAGCCAGGUGACGAAAGUGCGGCAGUGCUUGCUCUGCACUGGCUGGUUCAAUCUACCUCUCAGGUCUCCAGGCCACCACUGUGGGACACAAUGGAGGUGGAACGACAUCGGUGUCAAGCCCAGCUGGAUGCCUCGAUGCAGGCAAAAAUUCAAGGAGGUCUUGCCUCUGAUGCGGAGCUCAUGGAUGAAUUGAACGCUUCAUGGUCAGAAGGACUCCCUUCCUCGGUGUGGCGCCAUCUCCUGCAACGUGCAGAGCAACGGGUAGCUUCCGGGUGCCUGGGCCGUGCCUUCGUGGCCAGGGCCUUCGGCGUGGCAUGGGUCUUUGUUUGGUGCUUGAGUGCUGGCUUCUUCGCCUUUUUCCACAUCGAUGGUUGGAAUCAUGGAAGCUCCGAGAAAGCAUGCAUGGAACCGAAGACGUUCCGCAAAGUUCUCAGAUUUGGCCACGAAGUGGCUUUGCUUGGUGUGGUGAUGUUGAGUCACAGCUUGUCUGUGCUCGGACUUUGGUCUUUCCCAUCUGACCUGGUUUCCCAAGUAUUCGUAGGCUUUCAGAUCACGGCGGCUGCAGUUGUUGCCGUGCGUCUUGCAGCAAAGCGGGGAAGGCGCCUGCCGCCUGAGAAGAAUUGCAUGAAGUACUCGGCGAAUGUCUUGCUAAUGGUCCUUGCCUUUCUGUUCUACUGCCUGGUGAGCUUGGUUCCAGAGCUGAAUGGGCUCUGGUACGCGGUGUUCCUAGUCGGGCUGUUGGCUGCUUGGUCCAUCGCUGUGCUGGUCAUCGCGGACUGGAACCGCGUCAUGAAGUGUGGCCUGUUCUUUGCAAUGUGGAUACUGGCAUUCGCGGCUCCAACGUUGCUGUCCCUUCUUGUAGGUUUACUUGGAACCUUCGGAUUUUGGCUUUCCGUGUUCACUCCUGUACUGUUGCUGCUCUUGUCUCUAGCGGCUGAGCGGCUCAUAGGCCCCCUGAUAGAAGCAAAGUGUGAAUAUACGGCAGAAACGAACUGGAUGCUCGCACUUCUGUUCAGGAUGUGCAUCGAGCAAGUCCGGUUCAACACCGCCCUUGCGGUGCUGCUCCUCUCGCUCCUUGCUCAGAGGGGAUUCGGCCCGUUCCUCCUUCACCUUGUGCAGAGCUUCCUCUUCGCCGUGGUGCUUCGACGGCCAAAGUGUGCGUGUACGCCCAGAGAUGCGUUCGCCUCGGCUCCGCAUGGUGCCUUCUGCCGCUACUUGUUCCAUGCAUCGCAGAUCGUCUCGCACACAGGCUCCGGAGCCAUUUGGCAGUACAGGUCGGAAGCCGUGGUUCUGCCUUUGGAGAUUGUGCUGUUCUUGACUCACAUGUUCCAGCUGCUCCUCGUGGGGAUGCCGGUCGGCGUUUCGGCUUCGUCCUGGUGGUUGGGGCUGGUGUUACUGGUUUUGCUCUCGAUGGCCAGAGAGGUUUUAUCGGGUGUGCUUUCCAUCUGGCGUCGGAUGCUCUUCCCCCACAUCCCUUGGUCAGCCCUUCCUGGCCAUCUGAUCGCCAUUGUCGUCGGCGUCGCUAUGGCCACCUCCACUUUCUCACAGGUGCAUUUCUUCUGGUUCUUCUACGCCCACCACUGGGCUGUGUGCUACAUCGGGGGCCCUUCAAGCACCGGCAUGGAGGUGGCUGAGGACAAGGAUGCCGUCGGAAGCAUCAUCACGGGCGUGAUUGGCGUGGUGCUCCUGUUCGCCCAUGUGUACUCGUUCUGCCUGUGGUCGCUGUGGCUUGGGCGGUUGGAAUGGGCCCGGCAGCCUUCGAAGGAACGGAGCAGGAACAAGCAGGAGUUGGUGCAGGCCUUCAGGCGGUCUGCGAGCCUUACCCUGGACGAUCGGCAGCAGAAGAAGGCAAUGUUGGUGCGGAGUCCAAAGACCCGACUGCAUGACGAAGCGAGCCGGCGGUUGGAGCAUUCAGCCCCAGCUAUGGCUUUGCCUCUGACCCUCCCGGGCUUCACGGAUCCAGCUGCUGGCGCCCGUCGGACAUUGGCAGCACAGGUUGAGCAGCUGAAGCAAUGGGAUGGCAGCCGCAGCUGGAGCGGAGGUCGACAGGAGGAGAGCCGCGGAGAAGUCGUGGAGACGGUUCGUUCCAUCCUCGACUGGGCUUCCAGCAUUGACGGCUCCGACUUGGCUCCAGCUUUCCACGCUGUUCGAGACAAGCUGGACAUCCGGGACGUGGUGGUUGUUGUGAGGGACUUCAUCGGUAGCCUGCUGUAUGUGGCAGUUGCUGCAGAGCACCAGCACUCGCAAAGCAAGCAGGGUGGAACUGCAACUGCCAAGCGACAGCUUUCCGAGUUGCUGUGCGAGCUCUGUGGCUUUCGCGAGCAAUCUACGCACUCCGGUGCUACACACUCUCGAGGGGGGCUCGCUGAACCUUGCAAAUGCUGCACUUGUUGCCACAUUGCCAUUCAAGAAGCUUUGAGCCUCCUGCGCUUCGUUCACUACUUCAUGACAACAUCUUGUGCUGAUGAAUCCUCGGAGAGGCACCUUCCAAGGCACAUGGAAGAUGGUGUUCUCGAGCUGCUUCACCUCGUUACCACUCUGAGCUCUGCUCUUCACGAAGACUGCUUCCUUGUAGCCCAGCGCAGCGAUCAUCUACAAUGGUGGCCGCGGUACGAGCAGUUGAGACGUGACUGUCCCGUGGCAUCAUGGCCUCUGACGGCCUGGGCGUCCUUCCAACAGCUCUGGCUGGACGCAGAGCAAGCAGCUUUCAAGCUGCAGAAGCGGGUGGCCUUAUUCCGCCUGCAGACGGCGCAGGGACGCCAGGGCCAGGGCCAGAGAGCAAGACACGCUCGGCCGUCUGCCGGUUUUGUGAGUUUCCCUCCUCGGCUUCCGAAGGUGGAGCUGACCGGCUAA